CAAAUUCCGGGGCUUCACCGCACCGAACCCCCAUGCCAUGAGCCCAUGAACUCCGAAGCGCUGAUCCCUCGUCCUCCCGCGGCGCCCCGCCAGGAAUCACGGACCGCUUGCUUGGUCUGACGGCGUGAGGCGUCACCGGGAUGGAGGGCGGGGGCGCACGGGUGUCGCCUAUGGCGUGCGGCGCCCGGAGGCACAAGGCGCUCGCGCCGUGGCGCUUCCAGAGCGCCUUCGUGCGGCGGGAGACGAACCCGGGCGUUGUCUUCGAUGGGGAUCUCUGCGGCUCGGAGACACUCCAGAUGAGCUGCGACACGGCGGCGGGCGGCGGGCUCUCCGACUCGCUGAGCCACAGAGGCGGCGUUGAUGGGGAAUUGCAGGUCCCCGGGGAUAAUGAGGCCCCCAAAGGAGGCGGCGGCGGGGUCGGAGGGGAUUACGGCUUGGAUGGCGUCGACGGCGAUUUAGUUGCCAAAGAGGGCGACUUAGCUGCCAAAGUGGGAGAUUCGCUGCCCAAAGAUUGCGAAAUUCAUGAGGGUCUUGAGAACGCCAAAGAGGGAGAUUCGCUGCCCAACGAUUGCGAAAUUCAUGAGGGUCUGAAGAACAAUGGAAUCACCGCAGUGCCACAUGGGGCCAAACCUAGCAACCUGCCUGGUUUAAAUUGCAAUGCUGAUGCUGAGGAGAGAAAUUUCGUGGGGAAAGAUUGCAAUUUGGAGGGUUCCAGGACUGGUGACGAUGCUGAGAGCAAUUUUGUGGGGAAAGAUUGCAAUUUGGAGGAUUUCAGAACUGGUGUACCAGGUUUAAGAAAGGGGCGCAAGGCAGUGGCCCCAUGGAGGUUCCAGACUGGGUACAAGCCCAAAUGGGCACAAGAUUCGUUAUCAGGAAAUAGAUCAGGAGAAACUGAAGAGCCAGCAUUCACGGUCAGAGCUGGAUUGAGCAAGCGUGCUCCUGUCAUGGCAAGCAAUAGCCCUUGUCUCAAAGGUUUGGCUUCUGGUGGACAGCGUUCUUUGAAAGUUCAGAAAGGAACCAGUCCAGCACCGAAGAAGAGGAAAGUUGACAAGGAUGAUCACAGAAUUUCCUUGGUCAGAGAAAAUGUGUUGACUAAGUUGCGGGAGUUUCGGAUAAUUUACAAGAAGCUCCUGGAGGAAGAAGAGGUCAAGUGUAGGGGAAAAGGGCAUGGUGUGAGGCCUGAUAUUGUUGCUUUCGAUAUUUUCAGGGAGAGGUUCUCUGCUGAUAAUGAUGACAUGAGGUAUGAUGGAAGCAUUCCAGGAGUUCGUAUUGGUGAUGUGUUCAAUUCCGCCAUGGAACUUUCCGUUGUUGGUAUACACCGUGCACAAUUGUUGCUAGUUGAUCACAUCAAAAAGAAAGAUGGGACGUGUCUAGCUGUCAGCGUCGUGUCGUAUGCACAACCUUCUGCCUUUGAUAGUUUCGAUUUUCUGUUACAUGUUGGAUCAGUGGCUGCCACGUGUGAUCAGAAGUUAGAAGGCGCUGACAUGGCACUACAGGAGAGUAUGGACACUGAUACGCCUGUCCGUGUUAUUCAUGCAUUAGUAACUGAGUUUGGUGAUGACUGCCGACCUAAACAGCUUACUACUUAUGUAUAUGGUGGUUUAUACUUGGUUGAGAAAUUCCACAGAGAAAAAACAGCAGGAGGUCAGUAUGUUAAUACCUUUCAUCUAAGAAGAAUGUCAGGGCAGAAACAAUUCAACAUACAAGUUCUGAAAACUAAAAAGCUGGAAUCAUUUGAUGGCACUUUCACUGUAGACAUAUCCGGAGGUCUUGAGAAGGUUCCUAUUUCUGCUAUUAACUCUAUAUCAAACGAGUACCUGAUGGCAUUUCGCUACAUUUCACAAAUACAGUAUCCCCUAAAGUAUAGGCCAGAUCCUCCAUCAGGUUGUGAUUGUGUUGGUGGAUGUUCAGUCUCUCAAAAAUGUGCAUGCCUAGUGAAAAAUGGAGGGGAGUUCCCCUACAAUGAUAUUGGUGAAAAUUUAGAAGACAAGCCUCUUAUUUAUGAGUGUGGGCCAUCGUGCAAGUGCCCUCCUACUUGUCGCAAUAGAGUUAGCCAGCAUGGAAUCAAGUUUCGCCUCCAGGCCUUCAAAACCAACUCAAUGGGGUGGGGUGUAAGAACUCUUGACUUCAUACCAUAUGGAAGUUUUGUAUGUGAAUACAUAGGAGAGCUACUGAAGGAUGAAGAGGCACAAAAAAGGAAGAAUGAUGAAUAUCUAUUUGCUAUUGGAAAGAACUAUCAUGAUGUACCUCGUUGGAAGGCCCAGAUCAAGACUAUUCCCUCACUUCAGAAUGGCCCUACUGAAGAUGAUGAAAAUGGCUUUGCUGUUGAUGCAUUGAAUCAGGGCAAUUUUGCAAGGUUCAUCAACCAUAGUUGCACCCCCAACCUUUACCCACAGAAUGUCCUCCAUGAUCAUGAUAACAUAAGUAUGCCUCAUAUCAUGUUUUUUGCUUAUGAGGAUAUUCCUCCCCUUAAAGAGCUAUCAUAUGAUUACAAUUAUGAAAUAGACAAGGUUUAUGAUUCUGAUGGCAACAUCAAGAUGAAACCAUGUUUUUGUGGAUCUGCUGAGUGCACUGGACGGUUGUAUUAAAUUUAGUCCCUUGGAAACCUUUGUAUUUUUUUGUCUAUCUAAUGAAUGUACUGUACCUUCUUUGUUAAGAUGGAGACUUUUUUCUGCAUGUUACUUGUCUUGUAAUUUUACUAUUUUAGUUUGCAAACAGUUCUUUCUUUAAGCA